AUGCUCGCCCGAAUGCAUGUGCUUCUCGCCCUUCUCCUCGCUGGUCACGGGCGCGCCUCAGCGUCCACAACGACUACAACCGCCAACAAGCACGCUCAAUAUCGACAAGAACAAGAGUGGCAAUUCCAUGGGCAGCAACACUUUCUAUAUCACGUCAAUCACUACUACGCCCGCCAGCUGCUGAUGCAGGACCCGCACCACCUCGCCCGCCAGCUCAAUCUAAAUGGACAAUUCCCACCUUCCCCGACGAGUUCUUACGACUUCUGGUGGCCCUAUCCUCCAGCGGGUACCCCAACUACCAUACCGAUCGCCAUCGCAACGCCGACCCAAGCCGCCUUUUUCCUCUCAACGACACCUGCUUUCGCAUUCUCGCUCGCAGACGCCACCACCAUCCCUCCUUCGCCAAGUUCAAUCAUGACUCCCACCAGCGCUCCUUCCUCUGCAACUCCAAGCGACUCUCCGGCUAUCUCCACUCCUGUGUCGACUAUAAUGGCGCUUCCAGCUACCAAUUCGACCCUUGCGUACCAUGCACCACAAAAGCUCGCCAUGAUGUCUUCCGCACACCUUAUUUACAUCGUCUCUGGGUCUGCGGUCGGGGGCUUGCUUCUUGGUGGAAUGACAGCCUGGAUGGUCUAUAGCUGCAUCAAACGGCGUUCGCAAGCUCGUGAUCAAGAGCCAAGACAAAGACGCGGUCGCAAGAGCUACGGAACAUUGGAGGUUGGACCAGAAUACCACACAUCAAUGCCGCAAGAAUACAGCGAGGAAGGAGAGUGGCUCAGUCGCAGAGGGCUGCUGCAGGAGAAACGCCGAUCUCAAGGAGACGAGGAAGAACUUGAAGAAGAAGAGCCGGAAACGCGAGCAUUUCUUCACCCCCAAACCGCAUUGAAUCCUCCAAUGCGACAUAAAUCCGUUGUUAGUACGACGACUCGCGCCACGUCUCCAACACCAUCUGGAAGGACUUCGCUCUAUCUUGAUUUACCUGACGUCAAUGACGGUGUUCCUUGGGAGUCAUUGCGCCAUAAGAGUAUUAAACGCGGCAUGCUCGAAAGACUGAAAGACGACAGUGACGAUGGGAAGAAUGCUCGGAUUGCUCGACGACCGAGUUGGGCAGCUCAUGGACGACACAAUUCGGAUGUUCUACUUUCCGAUGCGCAGGCUGAUCUUUCACGGAUGACUUCAAAAGUUACAACGGGUGUGCUUUCAAGAGCGUCUUCAUCUGGCGUUGGGAUGGGGUUUAGGAUUAUGAGCGAGUCGCCUGUAAAGGAACGCGGGGCGGAUGUGUUUCGGUGGCCAACUGUCAAAUCGCAAAAGAAGGACAAUUACACGCCUGCUCCGAUGCGUGUUGCUCGCAGUCGGAGUAAAAGCCCGGAGAAACGCGCGGCUAGUCCCGACAAGCUUCAGAGAGCGAAAAGUCCGCCAGUUCGGGGUCGGGGUCGGAAGGCGAUUGCGGAGAUGGAAGAGGACGGUGUGUCGACGAGCGAACUCAGAAGGGUGCUGGCACAGAGUCCUGCACAGGUAUCGAGCCCAGUGUUGGAGCAGACGUUGUGUUUUACGCCUGUGUCUGCCCAGGUAACUUCGUUUGCGUCGUUUGGGGAGGCGCUUGGUGGAAGGAAGUAG